CAGGGCCCCCCAUUCCAGCGCGGCUCCUCCCUGUACCGCAGCGCCCAGGGCCCCCCCCCGGAGGACUGGAGGCCCCAGCUCCUGAAGUCCUGCUCCGUGGCCCCCGGCUGGCAGCCCUGGACCCCGCUGCCCAAGCGAGGGGCCCCCGCCCUGGACCCCGACGAGGGGCCGGGCCCCUUCGGCACCCUGACGGUCGGGCCCUCCCUCUCCUCCUCCUCCAACUCCUCCUCCUCCUCCUCCUCCAACUCCCUCUCCGCCGCCCCGCCCCCCCCCGGCCCGGCCGACGCCCCCCCGGCCCCGCCCGAGGGGGGGGUCCUCUCCCGGGCGUGGUCCAGCGGGCGGCGCCGCCACCGCUCCCAGCCCUCCGCCGGCCGCGCCUUCCCCUUCAGCCUGGACGAGGACGGCAUCCGCACCACCGACGUCUAGACACGACGUCUGCCCCGCGCGGCAGGACUGUCUGCCCCGCGGAGGGUCUAUCUGCCCCCGAGCGUGACUAUCUGCCCCCGAGCGUGACUAUCUAGCUGCCCCACGCUACAGGACUAUCUGCCCCAGGGCGUGACUAUCUGCCCCAGGGCGUGCGGACUGCAGGACCCUCGCACUUUUGCUGUUAAUAAUAUCUUUGUGUUUUUGCGUGGAUGAAUGUGGCUUCUUCUUCUCUUUUCCUUUUAAGAAUACGCCCCGAUGUAGCGCUGACACUGUGACGUCAGCCUUAGUACCAGCCCCACUGUGGCCCCCUGCUGGGGCCAGGGGCCAACUGCAUGUCUUUUCUUCUCUUUUCUGGGGAGUUUUGUGAGAGGAAAUAUCAAGGAGAUGUACGACGGAACUUUCCUCUUUCGUUUGCAGGACUGUGAAAGGGUGAGAUGUUGUCUGUUUCUACACACCUUCGAGGGAUACUUGAAUGACAUUGAUCAUGAUUAAGAAGGUUUGCCAUAAGAGAUUUACAUAGAAUUGUAAUUCCCUAGUUUUGGUGUGUGUGUGUGUGUGUGUGUGUGUGUGUGUGUGUGUGUGUGUGUGUGUGUGUGUGUGUGUGUGUGUGUGUGUGUGUGUGUGUGUGUGUGUGUGUGUGUGUGUGCACCCCUUUUUUUUACCUUAACUGAGGUGAGGCGAUGCUAUUAGAAACUAAAGCCUCACCAGGUUACUGAUUUGUUAGAGAAUUGGAGCAUCAAACAGGUCCCGGAUCAGUCCUUAAGGUACGGUACGGUCUGAGCCUAAAGCUGAUUGGUUAGAGAAUUGGAGCAUCAAACAGGUCCCGGAUCAGUCCUUAAGGUACGGCCUGAGCCUAAAAGACUCGUCUGCCUCUGCGUGGUUCUCUACCCCCACGUUGCACGAGAGCUCGUUCUGCACGUGAGAUGUUUUGGUUUGCCUGGUUGUCAUGGAGACCGGUGUGACGUCACUGACCACGGACGCUCCGAGCUUCUAAACCACCGCAGCAGAAUUUAUUGGUACUUUUAUUUGUAUUUUUGUAUCAGCACCCGAUAAUGUCGGAGAAAAGACCAAGGAAUUAUAAUCAGGGACGAACAAUGAAAAGCAUUCAUAAAAACACAUUUAGAGAGGAGAGGGAGAGGGUGUAGGCCUACUACACUCUCAUCAGAGUAGUAGAGUAUCAUUAUAAAGUCUCAACAGAAUAGUAAAGUCUCUUCAGAGUAGGCGACUACAGUCUCAUCGGAGUACCACUAGUACUUCAGUGUUAGAGGGCUUCACCACGUUGGAUGUUUAAAUAUAGCUGGAUAUAUGAAGUAUCCACACCGAGAGGCAGCCUCCAACCCGUGGUUCUGCCUCAGAGAGACGUCUCUCAUGGUAAACGUUGCGGUUCAGCACUUCCCCGCUGCGUCAUUCUUUCGUUUUUAAAGUAGGCCUACAUCAGCGUUCUGCAAUCUUAAAACUCUGAACGGUACGCCUUACAUUUUAAAACUUAAAUGUUGUGUCAUGUUACAUGUUUUGAUUUUUUUUUAAAAGGGCACUCACAAUACCGUGAGUAUUAAAUUGUACUUUUAAGUCGUG